UUCUUUCUUUCUACCUUCUUUCUUCAUUUUCCCACUAUUUCUUCUACUUCCUUAAUUCUUUGCUCUCCUCAGUCAUCCUCAAACUUUUCUGCUCAAAACUCACAGUAUACCAACUGCGCCAUUAUGCAUUUAUCAGAUCUUGGUUUCAUCUUGUGAUAAUUUGUCUUAAUUUCACUAUAUAAUAUAUCUUUGUGUAUUACUUUAUCUCCAAUGGAGUACUACUGCAGUGUCAGAUGGAGGAUUAUUAUACAGAAAAAGCUCCUUCUCUUUUUCGCAAUCUCUUUCUUCUUCUCAGUUCUUGCAGGCUACAAUACCCUCAAAUCUACAAGUCUCUUUGAAAUCAAUUUUGCGUUCGCUGCUAAAGCUGAUUUUUCCUUUCAGAAAUUCAAGAAGCAGGUUAUAUUAAACACGGGAAGUAAUACAAGGAGGAUUUUAGGCGGACUUGGGUCAUCGCCGCCACGGUGCAUGUCAAAAUGCGGUAGAUGCACGCCAUGCCGGCCGGUCCAUGUGGCGGUUCCGCCGGGGACUCCGGUGACUACGGAGUACUACCCAGAAGCUUGGAGGUGCAAAUGUGGAAACAAGUUGUACAUGCCCUAGUUAUUCAUGCAUAUGUAGCAAAAGCAUAUGUCAAGGUCUCACUUGUUACAUUUAUUGGCUAGCUAGGAAUAGCAACAGAACUAAUACACUCUCUCACUCUAUUUUAUGAGGAAAUGAUAGUGAUAGUAUGAUUUACGGUA